AUGUCGUCUACAACGACAGCUGCCGCCGCAGCAGCAACAGGAGCCCAUCCCCAAGGCGGCAUUAUCGAGGGCUUGAACCCAAUUCACUACAACCCCAAGGACCCCAUCGCGCUCUUCAUCAUCCAGGCCUUCAUCAUCAUCUGCUUCUGCCGUUUGUUGCAAUGGCCGCUCUCCAAGUUCGGCCAGCCGCGUGUCAUCGCCGAGGUCAUUGGCGGCAUCGUGCUGGGCCCUUCAGUCAUGAUGCGCAUCCCCGGAUUCAAAGAGAACAUCUUCCCCACUGAGUCGAUGCCUGUGCUUAGCAAUGUCGCUACCAUUGGCCUCUUGUUGUUUCUCUUUCUUGUUGGUCUUGAGGUUGAUACCCGCAUGUUCAAGUCCAAUUGGCGCGUCGCUGUCAGCGUCGGACUGGCUAGUAUGGUCCUCCCGUUUGGUCUCGGAGUCGCGGUUGCUUGGGGUCUGUACGAGGAGUACGGCAAUGAGGGUACGAUGAAGGAUAUGGAGUUUGGCACAUUUGCGCUCUUCAUUGGAACUGCACUUGCCAUUACUGCGUUCCCUGUCCUUUGUCGUAUUCUUUCCGAGCUCCAGCUUCUUGGAACUUCUGUGGGUGUGACUGUCCUUGCCGCCGGUAUUGGUAACGAUGUUGUCGGUUGGGUUCUGCUCGCCCUCAGUGUCGCUCUGGUCAACAACGCCAAUGGCCUCACAGCGCUGUAUGUCUUCCUUACUGCAGUCGCAUGGGUCUUGUUUCUCGUCUUUGCUGUGCGACCUGUCUUUAUCUGGAUUUUGCGCCGAACAGACAGCAUCCAGAAUGGACCCUCUCAAGGCAUUACCACUUUGACUCUGCUUCUGGUCUUGGCCUCGUCAUGGUUCACUUCUGCCAUCGGCGUGCACGCCAUUUUCGGCGCAUUUUUAAUCGGUCUCAUUUGUCCACACGACGGUGGUUUCGCCAUCAAAUUGACCGAAAAGAUUGAAGAUCUCGUCGGAUCUAUCCUGUUGCCUCUCUACUUCGCCCUUUCCGGUCUCAACACCAAUCUUGGUCUGCUUGACGAUGGUACUACAUGGGGAUAUGUUGUUGCUAUUAUCGCAUGCGCCUUCUUCGGCAAGAUCAUCGCUGGUACUCUGGCUGCUCGUCUGACCAAGUGUCUUUGGCGAGAAAGUCUCACUAUCGGCGCACUUAUGAGUUGCAAGGGUCUUGUCGAGCUCAUUGUGCUGAACAUCGGUCUCCAAGCUGGCAUUCUCUCCGCCCGAACUUUCACCAUGUUUGUCGUAAUGGCAGUGGUCACAACCGUCACCACAUCUCCUCUCACCAGAUUCCUCUACCCUCUCUGGUACCGCCAGAAGGUCGACAAAUGGCGCCGCGGAGAGAUUGAUUGGGACGGUAACCCUCUUCAGACCGAGGCCCAAACUUCUGAGCACAGAAUGGAAGAAGUCCUCGACAAGUCUCAGACUCACCGCCUCAUUCUCCACCUUCGCCUCGAUGCCCUUCCUGGACUCUUCAACCUCGUCUCUCUUCUCGGUGGCUCUCGCAAACAGUCCAGCCCGGCCCUGACAGAUGCGAACGACGCCGCUCGUGACUCCGUCACUACUGACGAGAAGACAGAGCAGAUUCCCAACCGCCCGCUCGAAGUCCGUGGUGUUCGGCUUAUGGAGCUGACCGAUCGUACAUCGUCCGUCAUGCAAUCUGCCGAACUCGAUGAGUUCUCUUCCCGUGAUGCCGUCUUCUCCGCUUUCCAGACUUUCUCGCGCCUCAACGGUGUCGCCGUCGCCGGACAAGUCUGCAUCAUUCCCACGAGUGCAUACGCAGACACCAUCGUCAAAUACGCUGAAGAAGCAAAGUCAGACUUUAUGCUCAUCCCCUGGAGUACUUAUGGUGGUAUUGCCGAGGAGAGCUCCACUGCUGCAUUGACUGAGACUGGCAAUCCCCAUGAUCGCUUCUUCAGCAGGACGUACAUCGACUAUGUUCAAUCUGCUGUUCAACAAUCUACUUGCACCACUGGUAUCUUUAUCAACCAGAACCGUAACGACGACGUCGACAGGAAGAACACCCUUACACGUAGCCGCACUGGUCUUUCUAUCCACAGCGCUCACGACGGCCCGGUUGUUCAAAGACCCGUUGACCCGCGCCAGAGCAUUUUCGUACCCUUCAUCGGCGGCAAAGACGACCGCGCUGCCCUUCUCUUCGCCCUCCAACUCGCCCACAACCCUCACGUGUCAAUCCACGUUGUCCACCUCCACUUCGACGACGACCACGAAAUUGACGCCCACACCACCACUCCUGACAGUGAUCCCUCCAACAGUAACGCCCUUGGCAAGAACGCCGUCGGUUUCCCUUCAGCUAGCGACUUGGAUCUUCUCAACACAGCCAAGAGCAACGCCGCUGGAAAACUCGAGGGACGUGUCACAUUCGUCGAGAUCUCUGUUGAUUCAGUGCGCAACCUCCCUGACCUCGCUGUCGCUCACGCACGGGAAACAGUCGGCAAAUCGCGUCUCAGCAUUGGCGACUUGGUCAUCGUUGGUCGUUCUCACGUGCUGUUCGAUAACCUCCUCGUUGAGGACUUUGGCGUGGAGAGAGAUUUCCAGCGCACGGUUGGUGUGUUGGGUGAUCGAUUUGCCAGAGCGGGUAUCGAUGCUGGACUCCUGGUUAUCGAUGAUAAGCAGGGGAGUGUCUGA